CACUGUUCGAGGAGUGUGCACAAACUUUAAAGAAACGAAAACAAGUAACUUUCAAACGUAGGCUAUUUAAACAAUGCGUUUGAACACCUGUACAAAUUUUUAUAUGUUGUAGUUUGCAGUAAAACCGAACACAAUAAGUCGUUCAGUCAGUGUAUGUUUCAGUUCGUAGUAUAAUGCAUGUUGCCAUCAUAACAAAUCGAAUGAACUAAAACAUAUUACGGAAAUGAUUAAAACGGUUUUUUUAGCAAUAAUCGUAGGAGUUACUAUUUGGUCGACACAAGCAAAUAACUCGAAGGAAUCAGAAUGCAGAGAGGAAUUAGAACAAGAAUUGCACGAGUAUGUCAAAUUGGAUGGUUGGCAAAAACUUUUCACACAACAUUUUAAGUUUAUUGUUAAUGAGAAUGGUGAAGUAUUAAGUGAAAGAAAACGACUGAAGUUUAAUACAAUUAUACACAAUGCAAUUUACGGGUGCAAUCAUGAACGUGACGACGAAGUAGACGAUUGCCCAAAUAUUUACCAUGGAAGUAUAAGGUCUUGCAAGCAUGGAAGAAAUAUCAGAUCCGCCAUGUUUCGAGCGGCAAGAUGCGGUUUUGUCGAAUUGUCUGUUAAGCAUGUAGUUCUCAGUGAUGCUUUGUUAAAUUCAUAUCCAUUAAACAAGUUUGACAAAAUACCUGCCGUUGUCGACAAACCAAUUAGAGAAUUCGGCGAAACUGUUGUCAAUAUGCUGACCAUACUUUCUCACGGUGAAACAGGUGGUCUCGGCGAAUUGAUGGCUUUGAAUUUAUACUUGAACAAUGUAUAUGAUACCGUUUUCCUACAAAAGAUACCAGUAGAACAAGUGACGUCAUCGGUUGAUGUGAAAAUUUCUAGGAAACACAUGGGAGACGUCCACAUGAUGCUUUUAGAUAAAUUUUACACUUAUUGGGACACUUGGUGUAGCGACAAGGACAUAGUGACUCAGUAUCGAUUAAAGUACAAAAAUGACGAGUUUAUAGUCAUUUUGGACGAAAUGAACAAGAACAUCGAAGAUGCUGAAGAAUUGAUGCGGAGUUUAAACGUAUCCGAUAACGUAGUGGAUUUAGAUUUUGAUCCGAAGAGGAUCGCACUAACAGAUUUUGUGAACCACCUAGUUUCAAAUAUACCCAUGCCGAAUGAGCUCUUGAUUGACUUAAAACUAAAAUCAUUUGAGGCAUCAUUUGAAUUUAAUCCUCAAGCUAUGUACGCAUACCAUAAGUCCGUGUUCAGGACAAUAUACAUUUGUUUUUACUGGACGACAAUAACUCACUUAAAACUAGGUAUUCGGUUUAUAGACGAAAUGGAAAACUAUGAAAAUGUAACGAAAUACCGAAUGAGUUUUAUAGUUGACUUUAUCAAAUACUUACGACCACUAACAGUAUUUAAUAUUCACCGAUCUCAGUUUCCAUUAAAAUUGUCGACGGAGGCUUCGGGCAACUUGAUCAGUUUGCUUUCCUUUUUGUUGAAAUUUUUUGAUAAUUUAAGAAAUUCAAAUUUCAAAGACGUAAUUUUACUAUCGAGACUAGAAAUUCAGAAAUUUGUAAGUUUAUUAAGUGCCGACAUGGAGACCAUGUUAAAUAUGAAAGCGCCGGAUAAUUAUUAUUUUGAUACUAUAAGUUAUGAAAAAGUAUUGAAAUUAAUGAAAUCAAACUACCGAGUAUUUGCUCGUUUAGUUUUAGCAAUAGGUGGUUUCAAAGAAGAUCGAAUGAAUGUGAUUAAAUUAAAGAAAUUUUUCUUCUUUUUGUCCGAAGCCAUCGAGUUUGACGAUAAUUCAUAAAAUUGUAACAUUUGCUGUUGAAUUAUAAUAGUAUGAUAUAAAAUUUUGUUUGUAAAUAUAUAUUUUGUAACCUGUCAUUUAAAUGAAUUACCUAGUUUUAUCAACUUAUAGGUACAUACUACAUGUAUUUUGAGUGUGUAUCGUUAUACCUAAAAACUAAUUAUAUUUACCUAUGUAUUUAUUAAGACUAUAUUAUAUUUUAUUUACGUAAGUAUGAAUAAUUGCUAUUUAGACUUUAAUGUUAAUAAAAAUAUAAUUUGUAUUUUAUACAUUUUAAAAUCACUUAUUUGGUAAUUAUUAGUAGUUCAUUGUUAAAUUCUAUAUUUAUGGUUUAUUUGUUUUGAUCUUUCUGGUAAGAGAAUGAUAUUAUUGUUUGGAUUUACAUUCAUACAAUUUUAGAAUCUAUACACUAUUUAAAUAAACAUUCGAUAUUGAUGAUGAUACAACGUUUAUUACAUGCGCAUAAUAUAUAGUUGUAUGGUCUUAUAGCAUCUAAAAUAUAAGUAUACGGCCUUAUAGCAUAAUAUAUACUGUGCAUUAUGCCUUGUGCCUCAUAAUAUAAUUUCACAUGUCCUAAUUUCCUAUAUGGUUAAUAUAAUAUUUCAGUUGAAGGAAAGCCAUAUCUAAACUGCAGUUGUAUUAACCACCACAUAUUGAAAAACGUAUUAAAAAUAGAUGAAUAUAAAAAUGAAAACGAAAACGAAAAGAAAA